AUGGAAGAAGUAAGAAAUUUAACUAACUCCCCCUGUGAGCGGAUAAAUAUUGGAAAAAUCCCUAUUUUUGUCCAAAAGCCCACACUCCGUAAGCGAACAAAAAAAUUUUUCAUGAAAAAUAUUUUAUAUAUAAAUGAUAAUUAUUAUAAUGAAAUUUCUAGCUAAUUCUGUUUAAUUUUUAAACCACUCGCAUUUUAAAACAUAAAUUUGUAAAUUAAAUUAAUUUUACUCCUCAUUUUUACAAAUUAAAAUUUAUAUAAAUUUUUAAAAAAAAAAAUUAGCCUCUCCGUAAACGAACAAUAUUUUUUGUUCGCUCACGGGUAGUAAGAAACUUCUAAGAUAUGAAGAAAUGCUCAAAAGAUCAGAAGAAAUUAAUCAAAAGCUUGAGAAAGACUUAGAAUCAGCUAGAAGAAUAAUCAAAAACGAAAAAGACAAUAAUACCAUUCUAAAAAACGAAAACUCAAAAACUGUAGCCAAUUUUAAAUCACUAAAAGAUUCUUAUAUCAAGCUUAGCGAAGACAUUCAAGCUCUCAAUAUAAAAUUCAGAAAUAAAAAAAAUCAAAGAGACCAAGAAAAUCUGGAAUGGGACCACAAAGUUCUGAACUUGAAAAGAGAAAUCGAAAAAAAAGGUGAAAAAUAUCUAGAUAAACUGCUAGAGAUAAAAGAAAAUGAGAUUCAUAGGCUUAGUCAGAUUAUUGACGAAAAAGAGCAAAAUGUUGAAGAAAUGAGAAGGCAGUUUGUGAUUAUUCAGCAAGAUUUAAAUAAUCAAUUGCAAUAUUCAAAGAAUUCAGAGCUUCAGCUGAAAGAGAAGCUUGAUAAGCUUCAGUCUGAUUUUUAUCAGAAACAGCAGUCGUUAAUUAACUUCCAGCAUAAAUCUAGAGCUUCUGAAGAAACUUUGGAGCUAUUUCAUAGCAUUUUAAGAUAUAAAGAAGAUGAAAUCCAUGCUAAUAAAGUGUAAAAAAUAGACAGGAAGGCAAGGGAGCUAGAAGCAAAGGAGGACUAUUUGCAAGAAGCAAUAAAUACUUUACAAGGGCAGCUUAGACUGAUAAGACAGAAAAAAGAAGAAAAAUUGCUUAAAAAGAGAAGGGAAAGUAUGGAAUCGAGGUGCUCAAUCCGUACAGUUUAA